UUCCUCUCCGUCGGAUCAAAUCAGCAUUGUCAUUUCAUUCGAAAAUAAAAAUUAAAAAAAAUCCAAAAUCCGCCUUCAUCUUGCUCUCUCACACUCUAAUCUAAAAACAGCGCCUUUCUCAGCCGAUCAACGGACAGUCAGGUUUCUGUUUAUCAAAGAUUCUAUCUAAUCUAAAUCAGAAACGACCAUGUCUCUGAGACCCAACGCUAGAACUGAGGUUCGCAGAAGCAGGUACAAGGUAGCCGUAGAUGCCGAAGAAGGACGCAGAAGGAGAGAAGACAACAUGGUAGAGAUCCGAAAGAACAAGCGGGAAGAGAGUUUACUCAAGAAGCGACGCGAAGGACUUCAGGCUCACCAACAACUCUCCUCGUCUCUCACUUCUUCCGCACCUGAUAAUAAGAAGUUGGAAAGUCUCCCAGCAAUGGUUGCAGGCGUUUGGUCUGAUGAUAGGAAUGCACAGCUUGAGGCAACUACACAUUUCAGGAAGCUACUCUCAAUAGAGCGCAGUCCUCCAAUCAAUGAAGUUAUACAAUCUGGUGUUGUUCCUCGUUUUAUAGAUUUUCUUUCAAGGGAUGACUUCCCACAGCUUCAGUUUGAGGCUGCAUGGGCUCUUACAAAUAUUGCUUCGGGGACCUCAGAAAAUACUAGGGUUGUUAUUGAGCAUGGGGCUGUGCCAAUAUUCGUUAAACUUUUAAGUUCUCCAACAGAUGAUGUUCGAGAGCAGGCUGUUUGGGCAUUGGGAAAUGUAGCUGGUGACUCACCUAAAUGCCGUGAUCUUGUCCUUAGCCAUGGAGCUUUGCUGCCAUUGCUGGCACAGUUCAAUGAACAUGCUAAGCUUUCAAUGCUGCGAAAUGCAACAUGGACGUUGUCAAACUUCUGCAGAGGCAAACCACAGCCUUUGUUUGAGCAGACAAAGCCUGCACUUCCAGCUCUUGAGCGCCUUAUACAUUCAAAUGACGAUGAAGUCCUCACGGAUGCUUGCUGGGCUUUAUCAUAUCUAUCUGAUGGUACCAAUGACAAAAUCCAAGCUGUUAUUGAGGCUGGUGUCUGCCCCAGGCUAGUUGAACUUUUACUUCAUCCAUCUCCAUCGGUGCUCAUUCCUGCUCUUCGUACGGUUGGAAAUAUUGUUACUGGAGAUGAUAUGCAAACUCAGUGUAUAAUAAACCACCAGGCUCUUCCAUGCCUUCUGAACCUGUUAACACAAAAUUACAAGAAGAGCAUCAAGAAGGAAGCUUGUUGGACCAUCUCCAACAUCACUGCUGGAAAUGUUACUCAGAUACAGGCUGUAAUUGAUGCUGGUAUAAUUGCACCCCUUGUUCAACUGCUUCAAAAUGCUGAGUUUGAGAUCAAGAAAGAAGCUGCAUGGGCUAUUUCAAACGCAACUUCUGGUGGUUCUAAGGAGCAGAUCAAGUUUUUGGUGAGCCAAGGGUGUAUUAAACCUUUGUGUGAUCUCCUGAACUGUCCUGAUCCAAGAAUUGUCACAGUUUGCUUGGAAGGACUUGAGAAGAUUUUGAAGGUUGGGGAAGCUGAGAAAAAUGAGGGUAACACAGGAGAUGUUAAUUUGUUUGCCCAAUUAAUUGAUGACGCUGAGGGUUUAGAAAAGAUUGAAAACCUUCAAAGUCAUGACAACAAUGAGAUAUAUGAAAAGGCCGUGAAGAUUCUGGAGACGUAUUGGGUUGAGGAGGAUGAAGAUGAGCCAGUACGUCCUGGUGAUGCUUCCCAAGCUGGAUUCCGUUUUGGAGGCAACGAACUUUCUGUUCCUUCUGGUGGAUUCAACUUUAGUUGAAGGACAUGCAGUUGGUUAUAGAAUGAAGACCAAGGUCUAGGUCUGGUGACCAAUGUUGUCAAGCUCGAGUGGGAGAGUUUCUGCUUGCCGUUCUUGGGUCUAGUUUGGGGUGGAGAAAUGUUUGUUUGGUGUACUGGUUGAAUAAAAAGAAUGGUGCAUCAUCUCAUCCGGGCUGGUUUAUAAAUGCGGCUUCCUUGCAUGCGGACCCUGGAAAUCACAAAGCAUAGAGUCUCUCCAUCUUUUUCAUCUUUUUUUCCUUCUUGGUUGUUAUUCUUUUGUAAGCGUCCUCGUUUUUGAAUGCUAAGUGUGGGGAUCCUUAGAGCAACAAAAGAACAAAUUAUAAAUUUGUUUCUUCUCUUGAAGGGUUUUGCUUUCAAUUUUUUUUUUAUUCUGAUUAUUGUGGAUUGCGCGAUUCUGUAUUUUAAUUGAAAGGCAUAUGGUGUAUCCUUUUCAGUCUAAAGGGGAUUUCUUUGGCUUUGUAAUUUGUCAAAACAUUCGAAGAUUAAUCAAAUAUAAUAUUUGGUCAA